CGCUCUGUACACAACACCAGUGCCUGCUUGGCGCCACCGCCCAGCGCAGCGAGCCUGUCUUCUACAUAGGUGCAGCCGUGCGCCUCGCGGUAGCGGACGUUCCCGACGUCCCCGUCGAACUCGCGCCGAACUCGACGUGUACCUCCCGAAGGACGACGUUCCCGACGUACGCGAAGUAUCCGACGUACCCGCCGCGCAAGGACGCGACGCGAGCGUCGUGUCGGGAUUGUUUUGGGUGGUGACGUAACCGUCGGUGCAUCUGCGCUCGCCAACUCCCUCUCAGCGGGGAGGUGCAGGCCGCACGCGGACGCCCCUGCCACGGGUCCCCGAGCUGAUAAACACGCGUCGCUCUCGUUUGUUUUGGUUUCGAGUGCUUUCGGAAACGGGGCUGCGUUGCUGUGCGUUAUCUACGGACGAACUGAACCAGGGUACUUUUGCGUUUCCUGUCGGAGUUGUCAAACAGUUGCGGGCGAGCCUGUGUGUCAGUGUGUGUUUGUGUGUGUGCGCGCGCGCGCGUUCGCCUUCGCCUUCCUGUGAGCUGUUUGCGUGUGUGUAGUGGAUGCCUCAAUGUACUCGAGCCUCUACGACGGUUACGUGAGCAGCGGACGUCCCUCCUGGGCUGGACAAGGACAGGAUGGUUUGGGACCCGAAGGGCGCCAUCGGCCACAGUGACUAUGGCAGCUUCGAGCGCCAGGGCAGCAGCUCCAACCCAGAGGAAGACUCGCAGCACCCGCAACUGAGGGCCGGCGCCUCGCUCCCCCUCUCACCUUUGCACAGCCAGCAGGCGACCACCUCCAAUAUGAGUGACACGGACCUCAUUCAAAGGCAGCCCCUUCUGCCGCUGCCAGCCAAGAAUGGGCAUCACAUUACUGUGGAGUAUGAAGAGGAUGGAGAGGACCAUAGUGAGGAUGAAGGCAGGUCCGGAGUUAAAGCGAAUGGAGUUGUAAAGAUCAAUAUUCCCAAAACAGAGAGAGAAGAACAGAGAUACCCCAAAGAAAAGUGGAAAACACUAAUGGCAUUUUUGUGUGUGUUUUUUGGCACUCUCAUGUCAGUUGCAUCUCUCUCUUUGGUACAUGAAAAAGUUCCCGACAAAGAGACAUAUCCACCAUUGCCAGAUAUUUUCUUUGAAUUUUUUCCUCAAGUUGAUUGGGCUCUUGAUGUCUCAGAAAUUAUUAUAAUGGUUUCUUCAAACGUCACUUUCCUGAUAAUUUUAUUUCAUAAACAUAGAUAUAUUGUGUUUAGGAGGAUGUUCCUCAUAAUAGCUCUACUGUACCUCAUGCGUUCAGUAACUAUGUAUGUCACUGUCUUACCAAUGUCUAGCACAACAUAUUAUUGUUCACCAAAAGCCAAUGUGACAACACCAUGGUUGUUAACAAAAAGAGUUUGGCAGCUCAUGUCUGGAUUUGGCCUGUCAAUCAAUGGGAAACAUACAUAUUGUGGAGAUUUUAUUUUCAGUGGUCAUACAGUAGUACUUACCCUUUGCUAUCUUCUUAUCAACGAAUAUUCUCCAGACUCACCAAAAAGGCUGUUCCAACUUCUUUCUUGGACGUCUUUCAUUGCCUCUACUACUGCGGUCUUCAUGGUGUUGCUGUCCAGAGGACACUACACCAUAGAUGUAGUGAUCGCAUAUUUUGCGACAACUAGGACAUUCUGGAUUUACCAUACUCUUGCUAAUAAUGCCUCGUUAAAGAAACCUGGUCCACACAACUAUUUAGCUCGUGCGUGGUGGUUCCCCAUAUUUAGGUACUUCGAAGGAAAUGUUGGUGUCAAAGUUCCUAGACAGCAUGAAUGGCCUUUGCCUUGGCCUCGCAGGUUUCUGCACAAACCCCCAAACAGAAACAGUUAGCAAUACUUUGCAACAUGCACCAUCUUUGCAGCUUGUUUGUGUAAUACAAAGUGCAAGUGGUUAGUUUUUGAACUGCAUAAAGCAAAAAAAAAUAUUCCACAGUUCUUGUACCUGGACCUUGUAGUGUAGGGUUUGUUUCAAUGAAUUAACACUUAAAAAGUGACAAUUCCUCUGAUUUUGUACUUUUGGUUGAAUGAGUCAAAAACUUGAAGUGUAGAGCAAUUUUUUUUUUUAUUAUUAUUUUGCAAAGUCAACAUCAAUGAACUGGAUGUUUAAUGAUAUAUUCCUAUUUUCAUCAAUCUCAACAGCAAAAUGGCCUGUCGUUUGCCUAAUCCUUCACUUAAUCUUUUGUUUUGAUUUGUUUACCAAAUGCAGAUGCAUCAUAUAUUCAAAAAUGUAGUCUCUGCUUUCAUCUGAUUAUAUUUCAGUUUCCGUCCAAAGUCCUUAAUGUGUUGAAAAUAUCUACUAAUUGCUUUGUUUCAACAUGGGUUGCAUUGAAGUUGUAAGUUGUUAAAAAAAUAAUGAAAUCUUUCAAUGGGUUUUUGUCUUAGAACCCAUGUUUAUCUUUACUUACAAUGUUAAAUUAAAACAUCAAAGACUGCUAAGCUUUGACUGCCUGCUAUUGCUUAUGUUUGAGCUCAUAAUAAACUUAAAAUCUUAAUGAGUGCUGUAGGUAUUACGGUUUGUAACUUAUUGUACUUCUGUUUGUCUUCCAAAUUCAACUUGCACAAAACAAGUUCUUUUUCUACUUUAAAAGGGACUGGAAAUAUAUUCCUGUUUUGUAUUUUAGUGUUUGUGAGCCUUGCUUUGUGGUCUGUCCAUACCUUUGUAUGCUAAAUGAAAAUAGGUUAAAGUUUUCCCUGCUGGUCAUUGACAGCAUUAUUACUUUAAACAUUGGAGGAAACGACAAGUUCUACUUUUUGCUACUCUUUCACCUGAAGCAUAUUGCUUGGCUGCCCUAUCCGUUAUAAUUUUAGAAAUGUGAUUGUUACAUUUUGUUACUGUCUUAAACAUACGGUGCCUUACUGCGAGUGUACUUGCUUCUCCUGGCUUCGAUCUUUAUGAAUCGAAAGCCACGCCUAAGAGGCAACAUAUAUUUUGUUAGUGAUAUGGAAUACUCUAACAGAAUUUCCUGCACAAGGUUAAAGUCUUGCGUCUGAUGGAACAUGAGUGCUGUGAUGUAAUAUUUUCAAGUUUGCUAGACCAAAUAAGGGUAAUGUAUAUUUAAAGUAUGAUUUUAGAAGGGAUGUGUACAUUGUUGUCUUAGAUCUAAAGUAGGAUUCUAGUUAAUGCUUUAAUUGAUUUGGGAUUUGUAUGGGCCAAUUCCAUACCUUAAAUAAUCAACUAAAGAUGAAUCUCUUUGCUCUGCCAAACAAUUGAUUACUCUCAAUAUGCUGAAAAAAAUGUGUGAUACUAAGAGUGAAUGAUGUAAUUGCCAGUACUUUAGGGUACAGAGAAGUGUUCUUCUGCAAACUUUGCGAGCUUGAAACGAGUUAUCUGGUCAAGAAUAACUGUGUUGUCCCAUCUACAAAUGCAUUACAAAUUUUGUUCAUGAAUGUUGGACACCUUUUUAGUGGGCCACAUUUCAAGCUUCUGGUUUCCUUAUGUGAUUUCUAUUUUAACUCUUGAUUUUCAAAACCUGGUUACUUUAUGAGAAAUUUGUGAGUCAUGUUAAUUAAUUGUAUCAAAUUUCUGAUAUUCUUUUUAUUUAAAGUCUGAUUUAAGAACUUUUAAGAACCUUACACUUUUUUCCACUUCUAUAUUUUGUUGUUGGUGUCUGGCUGCACUGAACUACUGUAGUAAAUCUUUUUAAACACUAUUUAUUUUGCAAUGCCUUAUCUACCCAUGAACUUUUUAAAGGAUUGUAAUUUUUACUUUUUUCUACUAAUACAAGGCAUCAAUUUUUGUUUUCAAUUCUUCAAGUUAGCUGUUGUUUUUAAUACUUUGGCAUUAAACUGAUGCUAUUGUUUUUCUUGUGAUGGAGUAUUUGCUAUUGCAAAAGUAUUGGAUAUUUAUUAAAUGAUGUUGAAGUACAGUAGUCAUGUUGCAGCAGUUUCCCCAGUUGGGGAUCAUCUUGAAUAUUUACAAAUGACAAUGUGUAGUAUAAUUGUGAUUGUUUAUUUUAGUUUUAUAUUUCAAGUUUAAUGGGCACAUGUCAUCAGAAUGCUUCAUGCAAAUUUUAGGUGUGAGUACCUGAAUAAAGCAGCUCAAACUAAAAAUA